AUGUCCGCUACAUUUCCUUCGUCAGGCGCAUCGGUUGCUCCUUUCAAGAAGCUCACUAUGUCUGGAUGUAAUGCUGGAUUUUGUGUGAUACACUAUAACCAAACCAAAACAAUAACCAUUGAAUUUCAAACUGAUGAAGAUCUGGGCGAUUUCAAUGUAAAACUUAGCGUGUUGUUGUCAAAACCGUCACGCCGGUUUUUGCUCUUUGAUUUGGAUAUGGACUACGCUUCGUUUGGUGAAAAUGAAUGUAAAAUGUCAAAAUACGGGUCAAACUACACCAUAUCUCAUCCAUUUAUAAUCAAAGGACUACGGCUAAAGGUAAGUAAAAUUCCCAGGUUGACUGACAGAACCUGAG